AUGGAAAACGCAUUAGUUAAUAUCGAAUGUGAAGAUGGUUCCGUUCAAGAACAAAGAAUUGAAAAUUUUUACGAUUUGUAUGACAAAUUAUGUCAAGCAUUUGAUAUUUUUCUUGAACAUGAACAUCUUGAAAAUGAGUUAAAAUUUUGGUUGCAGCAUAGAAAAAUACCUUAUGGCCACCGCGUAGUGCUUGGUGCUAGAUUAUUAAUUAUAAUUUAUAAUGGUAUGGAACAACUGAAAAAGAUUGCCGGCGAUGUUAAUUUAUUGAACAGUGAUAAAAUUGAAAUCAACAGCGAAACUGAGGUUGUUAUCAUUAAGGCCUUAUUUUAA